UACCAACUUAAGUUUAAUAUUUAGAGUGAGUUCCCCUAGACCAUAAUAAAGUCCUGAAAAUAUGUAUUGACCUUUGUUUACCGAUCAAAGUUCACAAAAUGAUCAUCGGAGCAAGACAAACGUUUGCACGUUCGGUACGUCAUAAUUUGUUUUUAAGUUUUAAUGUAAUAACGAAAAGACAUAAAAAGGAAAAGAUAUUCAGUAAAAGAUUACAUAAUAACCGUUAAUAACGCCAGCAAAUUUAUGAUAGAUCUAGAAUCUAAUAAUAUCAAUAUCAGAUUCCCACUCAGUAAAAAAAUAAUAUAGCCUACAUUGUUACUCACUGUACUGUAACAGUAACUGAUUGAUACCAUGAUUGGCCUAAUUGAAAAAAGUUUAGAGUUCAUACGAUAAAUGAUUGUUUAGCGUGCCAAAGUCUCAUAAUUCAAUCAGCUUGCAUGCCUAUACUAUAACUACUAUAACUUUAUAACUCUGGUUAAAUUUAACUUAAAUUUUAAGACUAUUUAUUAUUAAGACUUAAGACACAUUUAUUUUGGUCAUUUUCAUUUUUAACUUAAGGCUUGGGCUUACAGUCAACUACAUUUAGUUAAGUUUAAGUUAAAUUAGGCCAAUGCCCCAAUCAAUCUUCAUUGGUGCCUUUUUCUUAAAAAUUAAAAAAGUACAUUAGAUCCAUCUAUAUUAUAUUUAUAGCAGCUUCCUCAAAUGGCAGGCCACAGAAGCAAAAAUACCAGGUUGCGAAAAAAAUCUGGAAAGCUAGUAUUAGCUAGAUAUUUUUUUUGGAUGUUGUUGUUUAGUUUCCCUUUGACAUAGGUUAUGAAACCCUAAAAACAGUAAUUAGCCUUGAAAUAUAAAUCAAGAAUAGUGAGGCAAAUGUUUUGCUAUCUCAUUGUUAGCAGCUAAUAUGCCCUAAACAAUGACAAGGCUGCAAAAUAUGAACAACUAAAGCAUCCUGCAUUUGUUCUACCACUGGUGCUUGUAAGUGUUGAUUGACAGAGUGCCUAUUUUGGGUUGGGGGUGAGGAGAAAUAAGCUCACUUUUUUAUAUUAUGUAGCACCCGACGUGAGAGGGUGAAAUAUCAAAUGUGAUCUAUUUUAUUUUGGUAUAUGUCAAUGCAAGAUGGUAAAGAAGAUUUGGGAGGUAAAUUGAGGUAUAUUGGUAUAUUUUAUUGUUAGAAUAAUCCCAUCCAAUCAUGACACUAGAAAAUGGGGACAUCAUAUCACUCUGUUGAGCAACACUGCAAUUACAAAGGGGGUUUGUUAUAUUUCUGUUAAAUGUUCAGGCAUCAUUGGAAUGAUAUUUAGACCAUCAGAGGUUGGGUUGUUUUAUUCUUAAAAAUGUCUGUUAGAAUGGGAAAGCAAAAUGCCGUGCAAAUUACACUGAUAGGUAAGGGAAAAAUUAGUGGCAAGGGUUAUUACCUUGGAUAAUUUUUGAAAGCAAAUAUGCUUUUUAUUGAAAUCUAUCAAAACUUUAUGAACACUCAUAAUCUGUUUAAUGCUAUCUAUAGGUCAGAAUAAGCUAUAAAAAUUGUAAUGGAUCAUGAAAGAGAAGUAUAAAAAUGACUGAGCCAUGCAAAACCGUUUUGGAAACACUUUUUGUAGAACAGUCCUACUAACAAUAUUAAUGAUAAUAGGGUUUUGAACCAGUUAGGAUCUGAUAUUUCAGUGGGGGGGAUGUCAAUAAAUAAUGGACAAAACAUACUCCCUAUCUAUAUGAUUUGUGUACCUUUCCUUUUGCAGUAGCCCCAGGGAGGGAAGGAUGCGAAGGUGUCCAAAAUUUUGGAAAAAGGAAUAGGCAACCAUAUCCUUCAAGUUAUACUUAGGCAUACUUCACCAGCUACUUUACUUUUAUUUAGGCAAAAAAGUAAUGAGCUAAAUAAAUUGACCUCUCAGUCCUAUCUUAACUAGACCUCUUUAGAAGUAUUAAGUAUUUUUAAGCCUAUUGGUUAUUAACUUUAAAAGCUUAAUUAUUUGCUUGUUUUGAGUUGUUAUAAAGUUAAGUCUUAACCAAUUGCAAAAUGAACAACUUUGUCAAUUAAGAAUGAUGUAGCCUCAUAAAGACCUACCUAUUCUAUUGUUAUGUAAAUGACAUGUUUAUGUCAUGAACUCUAGCAGACACCAAGCUCGAGACUGCAGUUAAUGUGUGACUAGGUAAAAAUAGUCUCUUGACCUUGUUUACAACUAAAUAAAAUUAAUAGUCUGUGUUCAUUAGAAUUCUUUAGAAGAAUCUGGAGAAAACUGGACAAGAAAACAAUGCGUAAGGCGGCUCUAGAUAUAUCAGUAAAACAGACUAUAAAAAGGGGACACAAGAGAUUUUUGAGCUAGCAUUUAUCAGAAGAUAUUUGGAGAGAGUGUUAUUCUUGCUAUUAGAGUUUUGUUUACUGCGUAUGUGUAGAUUCCUAUUUGUCAUUGUACCUUUUUGCACAUUGGGUUUUUAUGAAAAAUUGUACUGGUACAAGUAAAAUAGUAUUCUGUAAGUCAAUGAUUUUAAUUAUAUUUCUUUUAUUUUGUAAUUUGUUAGUAACUUAAUAAAACUUAUUAAUUGUAAUUAGCCCUGGUUUGAGUGUUAUUGUAUUUAUCAUUUGGUAUCGUCUUUUGUUAUGUACUGUUGUAGAACAAGCCAAACACUUUAAUAAGGGAAUUAAUUUCUCCAUAUAGAUAGCAGUACGUAACAAAAUAAUAUAGUGAAUUAUGCUAUAUAAUUUUGCCUAGACAUAUUCCUAUAUUAUAAUUGAAUCCUUGGAAUAGAAGUAGAAAAGGCAAGAAAUAAACAUUAAAAAAUGAAGACUACAAAAGCAAUAGUUGGCUAUACUUCUCACUUCACCAUUAUUAAUGAAUAAAUAAUAAAUUAUGAAUAGAGACCUGUAAAAAUAAUUUAUUAUGAGUGAUAGUUCCCUCGUCAUCCUCUACUGCCUUCCAACCACUUCCAACCAUAUCUCAAAUUCCAAUAGGAUAUGCUUACCUCUAAAGUAUUCGCUGGGCCUUAAAGAGCUAAAGCUCAAAGCCCCAGUAAAAUAUGUAUGGUUAGUAUGUUGCGUAAUUAUAGAUGGAACAACUUUACACUUCUUGUUAGUACUUCACAACUAUAAAAUAUCUACCCAUUAACAAAAAAAAAUGCAUUUGAUUAUCAUACAAAAUGACACAGGAAACUGCUUUUAUCUUACAUUUAUACACUAAUUUUUUUACUAUCUAAUUUUUAGCUAGGCCUGCUGAAGCGGCUCAAGAGUACGUUAGUGAUUGCUGAACACAACAAUGAGAAACUUACUCCAUGUACACUCAAUGCUGUCACAGCAGCAUCCAAAAUUGGAGGAGAUAUCUCUUGUCUUGUUUAUGGCACCAAUUGCUCAAAGGUUUUUUGCUUAUCAUUGGAUUUUAAGAUUAGAUCAGAUGGGUCCAAAGAUCAUAAGCUAUUAGGCAAAGAGAGACAUUUAAAUAAACAUGUUUUCUUAGUUUCUUUAAAUUUUAAAUUUAAAAUAAGCUACUUCAUAAAAUGGGACACAAAUAGAAUCCUCUUUUUAAAUUGAGUGACAGUGAAAAGAUAAUUACUUUCAGUUGUACAACAUUUUAACACCCAUACUGUUUAUUUUAUAAUGCCAAAAAAGUAAUGUUAAUUCUUCUUUUUUCUCAAAGUGCUUGGUCAUUAAUGUUUUUUUUCAUUUAAAUUCUAGGUGGCAGAAGAAGUAAGCAAAAUUAAAGGUGUUUCUAAAGUACUUGUUGCAGAAAGUGAGGCCUUCAAAGGAUUUUUACCUGGUACUUACGAUUUUACUAAAUUUUUGUAAUAUUGCAAAAGUUAUUAGAAAUUGUUUUGUCAAUUUUAAAGAAUAAAUUUUUUCAUAGCAUUAUUUUUGAAAAUCGACACAUGAUUUUAUUUACCUUGGUAUCAGUAUUUGUGUAAUUUAUUUUUUAAUAUUCUCAGAGACUGUCACGCCAUUUUUAGAAGCUACACAAAAGCAGUUUAAAUUUACACACAUUUUGGCUCCGGCAACAGCAACUGGGAAGGUAUAGAAUUGCACUUUUUCAAUUGUGAUUUUUUUUUUUUUUUAGAUUUCUUCAUAUGUGGAGUAGUUUGCUUGUAUGAUAUUUUAUACUUAAAAUGAUUCUAAUAUUUCAUGAAUAUUCUACAAAGAUCAGCUGAAAAACUUAAUUGUUCCAAAUACAGUGGACCCUCAAUCUUCAUCAUUAAUCCAUUUUGGAGGGAAGGACGACAAUCAAACACAUUUUUUUUAAAUAGGAAUUAACUAAAAAUGAUUUAAUCUGUUCCCAGCCCCAAAUUUGGCCUAUCAAUUCUUUAUAAAAUAAAAUUUUCACUCAAAAAUAAAUUCCGGAAACCAUCACAAAUACAUGUACAUUGGGUAUUAAUGGCUAGUUAUUAAUGCUUCACAAAUACAUGUACAUUGGGUAUUAAUGGCUAGUUAUUAAUACUUCACAAAUACAUGUACAUUGACAUUGGGUAUUAAUGGCUAGUUAUUAAUGCUUCACAAAUACAUGUACAAUGGGUAUUAAUGGCUAGUUAUUAAUGCUUCACAAAUACAUGUACAUUGGGUAUUAAUGGCUAGUUAUUAAUGCUUCACAAAUACAUGUACAUUGGGUAUUAAUGGCUAGUUAUUAAUGCUUCACAAAUGCAUGUAAAUUGGGUAUUAAUGGCUAGUUAUCAAUGCUUCACAAAUACAUGUACAUUGGGUAUUAAUGGCUAGUUAUUAAUGCUUCACAAAUACAUGUACAUUAGGUAUUAAUGGCUAGUUAUUAAUGCUUUAUCAUCAUGACAGAGAUUUACCAUCAUUUGGGAAACCCCUUCUCCCAUCCCUUCCCCCCAAACCACUAAAGCAAACAAACAUAGACGUAAGUUGUGAGUGUGUUCCCCACAUGCCCAAGGUCUAAUGACUCUACAAGAGAUCAUGAAAAGAAUUAUUGCUGUCAAAGAGUUUUUAUUUGAUAAAGGUUAGGCUGUAGUUGGGUAGGGGGCUACUACAAAAUUUACAACAAUAAACAAAAGAAUGAACUCUAAACUUAAAAAGUAAAAUAAAAUCUACAAUAAAAUACAAUCAAAACCUCUGGUCACAUGAACACCAUAGUCAUUUGAACACCGUGGUCACGUGAAGACCAUGGUCACAUAAUUCUAAAAAGAAUAGCUGCAAAAAUUCAUAUAUAUUGAAAAGAAAUAUAGUAGUACCUUGAAUGACUACCCAAGACUGUGAUUGACUCAUGGAACAGGGGAUAUGAAUAUUGAAAUUUUAGGUGAAUAUCAAACAAAAAUUUCUAAAAUAAAGUGGUGUAGCCUUGCAAAAAAAAAUGUUUUUUUUUUUAAAAUACUGGUAUAUGUCAAGACCAAACUUUAAGGGUGCAGCUUAUAUCAUGACCAGCAUAUGCUCAGAAGAAUACAAUCUGUACUAAAGAAUGAUAAUGCUUAAGCUUUGAAUGAAAGAAAAGUGUAAUAAAUUUUAUCUGAGAUGAGCUCUAGGUUGGCAGGACACAUCAUAUUAACUUUGUAGAAAUACUUAUUAAUCAUCUAAAAUUAAAAGUUAAGAGAUCGCUAAACGCAUAAUUUUUGCCUUAAUUUUAAUAAAUUUUGGAAAAUAAUAACUAAGGUUAUUAGUUUAGUCAUAAUUUUAUGUAGCUCACAUAUAAGAUACAUAAAUGUUUGUGCAAUUCUUUUUAUUUUUAGAAUAUUUUACCAAGGUUAGCUGCAAAACUUGAUGUAUCACCAAUUUCAGAAAUUACGGGUGUGCAAGAUGAGAGUACCUUUGUUAGAACAAUAUAUGCAGGUAAAAUUGGGAUCAGAUCAGCUUUCAAAGAUCAUUUGUGUUAAUUUUUACAUAUUGUAUAAGUUGUCCAGAAAAUAAGUUUAAGAUUUUUUAUAAUCUAAGACAGUGUUUGUCAAUUUACCAUUUUACCCAUCUUAGAAGGCAUACACCACAAAAAAUAAAAUGCUGUUCAAGUUUAAAUUUAAAAUUGGAAUACUUUUAAAAAAAUCAGUCUUCAGGUUAAGAUAUGAAAUGUAAUUAAAAAUAAUAAUUGAUUUCAACAACUACAAAUGGGCAUUUGAAUUUUUAAAUGAUCACUUUGACUUAAACAAUUUAAGAAAAGAUUUUGUCACUCUUUUUGUCUUCAGACAAAUUUUGCUUGAAACUGAUAGGUUGGCUUUCCACUGUGUCGAAUUUCAGUCAUGGAAAAAUAGAAAAUUAUGGGUUACCAGCACCUUAAAAAUUUGAAUGAUCACUAUUGUCUUCUUAGUAUUGAUCAACAUGGUUUGUGUGCAUCUGCAUGAUUUGCCAUGGGAUUCAUAAAGUCAAUAUUAUAUUUUUAUAUAAGUUUCAAGUCAAUUUUAAAUACUUUUUAAAAAAAGGUGAAUUUCUUUUCUGCUUCACUGCUGCAUUCCAAAAUAAAUAUCUCUUUCACAGGUAAUGCCAUACAAACUUUGAAAUCAAGUGAAUCAGUGAAGAUAAUCACAGUCCGAGGCACUUCAUUUGAAGCUGCUGCUCUUGGAGGAAGUGCUGCUUCUGAAAAACGUUAGUGACUUUGCUGUAAAACUUUAAAAAUUUUAUUCACUUUUAAACUGUAAAUUACAGACUUAAUUUAUUAUAAUAUGAAAAGUAAUGGAAUGAUAAUUGGAUUUACCUAACAAUGUAGUUUUUUUGUUUUUUUUAAAUGUAGCCAUUUGAAACUAUAUUUGAUCUUACUAUAUUUCAAUAAUUAAUUAUUUUUAUAUGCUGAAAUAGAACAAAAAAUAAGUUGAUAAUAUCAAUAUGUAUGAAGAGAGAAACCUUACACCUUUGUUACUUGAAAAUGUUUUACUUUGUUAAGUAAAAACCUUUAAACUUAUUUAAAUAAAUUUAUAUUUCAUUGAACCGUGGGUCAGAAUUUUACCAUUCUAUUGUACAAGUGCCUAAAUAUAUAUCUAUAUAUCUAUAUCUAUAUAUAUCUAUCUAUAUAUAUAUAUAUAUAUAUCUAUUUCUAUAUAUAUAUAUCUAUUUCUAUAUAUAUAUAUCUAUNAUAUAUAUAUAUAUAUAUAUGAGCUUCUCUACACAAGAAACUAGUUAGCAAAAAAUGAUGAUAUAUACCUCUGUAUAUAUUUUUCUAUUUUCUAAGUUAAAGCACUUGUUGAAACUUUACAAGAUGAUUAUAAUUAUAUUUUGUAUACUCUUCAAGUUUCAAUACCAGUUGAGAAGAGCAGCACAAGCGAGUUCCUCGGCCAAGAGUUGAGCAAGAGUGACCGUCCUGAAUUGACAAGUGCAAAGGCUGUUGUUUCUGGAGGUAUUUUUAAAACAAAUUUUGCAUUGAUAAGAUGCCUUUUGGCAUCUUUCUAUUUUUUUGUAAGCCCAUUGACACUGUUUGGCAUCUACAGUAUUACAAAACAUAGAUAGACGUAAUGAUGUUAUUUAAAAUAAUUUUGGUUUGUGAUUAUUUAAAUAUUACUGACAUAUCAUGUAAUGUAGUGAUUACAUACAUCUUUGUUAUGAAACAAGUCAAUCCUGUGUAUAGUAAAAAAGGAAAUUUCUCAUUUACUCUUCAGCUAAUACUUGUUUUUUUAAUUGAACCCUCCUCCACUCAACCACCAUUUUCAGUUUAAUUCCUUCCCUUGGAUGACUGGGAAAGUUUAAUAUCUUUCUGCAAUUCACCAAGGUUCUAACAAAUGUAUUGGCCGUGUUUCAAAUAAAAAUACUUUUAAUGAGAAUUAAAAAAAUUAUGAAAAACAUACUAGAGGAAAAAAUAUAUGAUCAUGAAUAUUUUUUGUCCAAACUUAAAUAUUGAAUGAUUUUAAACUUUUAACUUUUAAUUUGUAUUCACUAACACUAUAAAAUUAUGUUCCUUUUAGUUAAUGGGUCAGAGAUUUUAAGCUGAUUGAGCUCUUAUAAAAUUAGACAUGUUGUAUGUCUUUGACUUUGGUAUGAGAAAAUGAGCAAUUGCACUACUGCCUUUUUAUAAGCCAUUAGACAGAGAUAAAGAAAAUUUUCUAGACUUUGUACUACAGCAUUUGUUGUACAAGAGCUGAAAGAUUAAAAAUGAAAUGCCAUUUUUGGAAAAGAAUAAAUGGAUAUAUAUUUUUAUUUUAUUUUUAUAUCUUACCUUUUUGGUAAAAAAAAAGGGUUUGUUAGAGAUGUAACAAGUAUUGAAAGUUGUCAUGAUAUCUUUGUAUUCUCUAGGCAGGGGCAUGAAGAAUGGUGAAAACUUCAAGAUUUUAUAUGAGCUUGCUGAUAAACUGAAUGCAGCAGUUGGAGCGUCACGUGCAGCAGUUGAUGCUGGAUUUGUUGCUAAUGAUUUACAAGUUGGACAAACUGGAAAGAUUGUUGCACCUGUAAGUGAUGAUCUCUAAAUAACAUAUGUAAAAUGUACACAUUCUUUUAACAGAACAUCUUCAACAUUGCUGUUAAAAUUCAUUCUCAGUGGAAAUUGUAUUAAAUGUAAUCAUAAAAUGUGUUUUUCAUCACCAUUUAAAUUUUGACCUUAUGCUUAAAAAAAACCAACACAUUUUUGGUGAAGAUAAUCUGGAAUCUGCCUUCAUUCUAUAAGUUUACUUUCUUGCUCUGUGCAAGGGGAUAGUAUACUUAACAUCAUGUGAAAUGGAUAAUAUAAAUGGAGAAAAUCUUGGAAAAUCUACUGGACUUUACUUCUGGUUAAUAUUAAUGAUUUUAUGCCUCAACAUUGGCUUUUCCAAGGCAAAACGUACUAGACAUUUAUCAAACACCAUUCUGUCUUUGAAAUCUCAAGUUGUAUUCCUGCUUUUCCAUUGUACAUGGUUUUCCAUUAAUUUGAAUGUGUUCAAGUGUGAAUACUUUUCUUAAUAGGAAUUGUACAUAGCAGUGGGUAUAUCUGGAGCCAUUCAACAUCUAGCUGGUAUGAAGGACAGCAAGGUGAUUGUUGCCAUCAACAAGGAUCCUGAGGCACCAAUUUUCCAAGUAGCAGAUUAUGGCCUAGUGGAAGAUUUAUUCAAGGUAAAUUAAUGUUAAGAUUUAUCGUUUCAGGCUUUAUCUGUUUAUUUGUUUAGUCAUAUAUUUUUAAAAACCCACUUUGUUCAUUUAGUUAAAUAGUAAAAGAUAAAUAAUUUUCAUUGCAUAAGUUGCAAGAAAAUGUCAGUUAAUUAUUUUUUAAAAUAUAAAACAAAUCCCUGUUUUAAUGUUUAUAGAAAAUUUUAAAUUAUAAUUAGAUCUACUGCUCCACUGGAAAUGGUGAAAACAGUAUUAAUAUACUAAUAAUAUAAUACUAUGUACCAUUCUAGAAUAUACUGUGUACCAUUCUACAAUAUACUAUGUACCAUUCUAAAAUAUACUAUGUCCCAUUCUAAACAAUGUUUUAAUAAAAAAUAAUGUACACAUUUUGAAAUGGCAUCUGCAUCUAUGAAAAUAAUGUGAGGGUUACAUUUGACAUGCUUAAAAAAAAUAUAGAAACCAAAUUAAAAAACUCAUAGUUCCUUUCAUUAUUGAGAUAUUUAUAACUAGCAGUAGUAUCUAACCAUUUUUAAUUAACUGGACUUCUCAUAGUUUGAUUUGGUAAAAAUUUAAUAUUAGUUAACUUAGGAAAAUGAACUAUAAAAAAUUAUUCAUCUGCAGGCUGUCCCAGCUAUGACACUGCUGCUGACCAAGAAGUAAAGAAAUUAACAAAAAUAUUUAACAUUCAUGUUUUUUAAGACAGCUUUGUAUGGUCAAUGCUGUCUUAGUGACUGUGAUGUUUUUCAUUUUUUUUUUUUCCUUAAGCCUGAAUGUUAAUUGUGCCAUUUGUAAUCAUUCUAAAUGUGACACAAAUAACAUAACAAAAAAACAUUAAAUUAGUUUGAAGAAAUAGAAAUCAUGCAUUCAAUAAAAGAUAAACAAUUUUGGAGUUUUGUUUUUUUAACCAAUAAAUUAUAUAUGAAUUUCUUAUAUAGGAACCCUGUAUUGGUCUAAAGUUUCGACUGAGUAAUUUAAAAAAAAAAAAAUAACUUUAAGCUUGUGAGAUUAAAGUAUAUAUGUAUAUACUCAUAUAAACAUUUAAAAAAAUUAAAUUGUUUUCUAAACACUCAUUAGUGAAAAUCACUAGGGUAGCAAGACAUUGUGCCAUCCGGGAUGGACUUGAGCUUGCGCCACCCCCCCCCCCUCCCCUUUGAAACCGAAUAAUGCUUUUUGGCUUUCCAAAACCUGGAAAAAAUAAAGCUUAAAAAAGCCCUGUCCCUGGCAAAUGUGCCAACUAAAAAAAAAAAAAUAACUUUAAGCUUGUGAGAUUAAAGUAUAUAUGUAUAUACUCAUAUAAAAAUUUAAAAAAAUUAAAUUGUUUUCUAAACACUCAUUAGUGAAAAUCACUAGGGUAGCAAGACAUUGUGCCAUCCGGGAUGGACUUGAGCUUGCGCCACCCCCCCCCCCCUGCCCUUUGAAAACGUAUAAUGCUUUUUGGCAUUGCAAAACCUGGAAAUAAUGAAGCUUAAAAAAGCGCUGUCCCUGGCAUAUGUGCCAACUCACCUCGAAACGUCACACUUUUUUAACAAAAGCUGAACUUGCCAAAUGCUCCAAUUUUGCUUCGGUCCCAAAAGUUUGAGUUAUAUCCAGUUUCGGCUCAAGUGCCAUUAAGACACUUUGAUGGGCGACGCAUAAAAUAACAAUAGUAGCAUUUAAAUAUAAUCUUUUUAAAGGUUACCUUCUUUAAAUGGCUUCCUCCUGGGUCUUAUCUUCCGGAAGUUAAUAACUUAAUAUUGUAUUUCUCUUAAUAUAUUUCAAAUUUUUUUUUUUUGUGCCAAGGAGUGCUAAAGUAUACUUUUUUGUUGUGUUAUUGUUGGCCUAUAUUAUUCCAGCUGUCACACCUGUCUACAUGGAGCUAGUAAUUUCAUGUCACCCCAUGUCAUCAAUAGAAAAUGGCCCUAACUGACCGCUUGUCAUUUUUUGCUUCACUCCUUUUUUCCUCCCAAAACUCCUAUAUAGAUGGGUCAAAAUAUUUAGGCUAAAUAUACUGUAUAGAACUGAUUCAAUAUUUUCAAGAGUUCCAGUACCUCAUAAUGUAUUUAGUUAGUUAUGGUAAAAUAAAAUUAUACCUUGCGUCUUAUAAUCCUUUUCAUUUAGUUACACUUGGCAGAAAAUGUUGUCCAUCCCUCUAUAGAGAAAAAAGUGCCACGAGGGUCAGUAACACCCCCCCCCCCCCCCCGGUCAUCUUCCUAUGUCACCGGUGGAGACUAGUAGUUUAAUGUAUUUGGUGGUUAUGUUGAAAUUAUUUAAAGUAUUAAAGUUAUAAUGUUCUUUAUCACUCCCCCAGGGUUGAUAAAAAAUUAAACCAAAUAAAAAAUCACUCCAAACUCUUUUUAUUAGAGUUAUUAAAUUUAAAUUUAUUCAUUGAAGGUUCAAUGCUGUUGGUGUUGGUUAAAUUUAUAUUCACAUAUUUUCAUUUUGUUGUCUUAUACAUAGCUUCUAUAUUUUGCAAGAAAAUUUAGACCCGUUAAUCUCAUUUGGAAGAAAUAAAAUCACACACAUUAUUUUGUAACUGUGCUAAAACGUAAAUUAAAUUUUAAAUUAUGUAAAAUUUUAAUUUAAAUAUAUAUAUAGAUCUAUGUUUAGAAUAAAAAGAAAUGAGUGACAUAAAAACUAAAUGUACAAGUGGAUAAAAGGACAUACUCCCUUGUUAUGAUUAAGUUCAUUUGUGGACUUCAUUUGGGGCACAUAAUUGUAACACUGCAGAAUUCCAUAAAUAUGACUUACUGCAGAUCAUUUCUAAUGAAAAUCAGGAACAUAGUUAAUAAAGAAUAUUUAUUUUUUCCCUGAUUAGACAAGAGGUUAGUGCAACUAUACUGCUCAGGUGCAGACUUGUCUCUGAUAGGAUUUCUAUAAUAAUAUCGGAUUAAUAAUUGCUCACUAAGUUGUAUAAAAUAGGAAAUACAUGAACAGCAUUGUGGUGUCUGUUGUUUGUUAACUUCUGGACUUAAAAGAACCCAGGGAUGUUGUGUUCAGCCAACGUGUUUUAUAUGUUGUGUUCAUUAUUAGAAAAAUAAAAAACCACAAUGUAUUUUCUGCAACAACCGAGUCGUUUUGAUGAUGCGAUAGGAAUUCGUUACUUAAAUGAGGAUUUUCAAAGUAAAAGAAAAAUGUGUUAAAAGAAUAUUUAACCGAUAGCAAAUAAUGAAGUUUUGUCUUUUAAACGAGUUCAUCAAAAGUUAACUGUUUCCCGAUAUUUACAUUGGAAAAAAAUGUGCCUGACAAUGAAUGCAUGGGCGCCCGC